AUGUCUCAGUCUCUCCGCCCCUACCUCCAGGCUGUUCGAAGCAGCCUGACGUCUGCUCUCACCCUCUCCAACUUCGCCUCCCAGACUGCCGAGCGCCACAAUGUUCCCGAGAUUGAGGCCCAAACGUCCCCAGAGGUCCUCCUGACACCGCUGACGAUCGCCCGUAACGAGAACGAAAGGGUCUUAAUCGAGCCCAGCAUCAACUCCAUACGUAUAUCAAUCAAGAUCAAGCAGGCCGACGAGAUCGAGCACAUUCUGGUUCACAAGUUUACGCGCUUCUUGACGCAACGAGCCGAGUCGUUCUUCAUCUUGAGGAGGAAGGCGAUCAAGGGUUAUGACAUCUCGUUCCUCAUUACAAACUUCCAUACCGAAGAGAUGCUCAAACACAAGUUGGUAGACUUUAUCAUCCAAUUUAUGGAGGAAGUGGAUAAGGAGAUCUCCGAGAUGAAGCUUUUCUUGAACGCUCGUGCGAGAUUUGUCGCCGAAUCCUUCCUGACGCCUUUUGAUUAAAUUCUCACGAUGCUUGUUCUAAACAUGCGCCCUCAAAACCUUGCCUGUUGUUAGUCUUGCUAUAGCCAAGAAGGCUCGUCCUUCUUUGGCGAUUCAUUACCGGGUUGGGAUACGGAAGGACCGCCAUCCCGGCGCAUUGCAAUCAGCUAUUUCCCAUGAGAAGAGUUCGGCAUCCUGCCUAGCAAUCCAAAUCACAAAGCGAUCCAAAAGCCCUGUCAUAGAUUGGGGACGGAGUUAUUUCACCAAAAAAAGAUGUUACCGUGUUACUCCGGCCUGCUUUUCAUUUUUGAAAGCAUCGCGUGAUAUCGUGGUAGGCUGUCGAGGUUGCUGUAGUCCUGGCAAGCUCAAGGGUACAAUUCUAGUGCAACCUAAGGCAGUGCUUUUGACAUUCAUGUCCGUGAUCACGUCGACCUUUCGAACAACCAAUUGCACAUCAU